CAAGUUGCCACCACAUACAAAAACACGUCCAGAUAGCAAAGAAGCAUUAAGCAAAGAAGAAAAGUGAAAAAACCGAUCACAGAUAAGCCACACAAAGAACAUUUUUCUCCACUAAAAAAGCACCCCCAGCAAAAGAGAAAAUUGCACCAUGACCCCAAAAUCCUCCAUUUUCUUCUUCUCCACCCUCGCCAUCAUCCUCUUCCUCUUACCCCUCUCUACCCAUUGUUCCCAAGAGCCCGACCCGGACCGGACACCGAAGCCAAACCUGUCGGCGGCCCACACGGAGCUCACGAACUACGGGUUUCCAAUCGGCCUCUUACCUUCCACCGUUCAGGUAUACUCCAUAAACAAAACCUCCGGCGACUUCUUCGUUGACCUUGGUGGCUCGUGCAAAGUUACUCUUCCGCCGGAUAACUACCUGGCCACGUACUCUAAGAGGAUUACAGGAAAGAUCGUGUCGGGUCGGAUUGCCGAGAUCGACGGGAUUCGUGUUCGGGCCUUCUUCAAGUGGUGGUCCAUCACCGGGAUACGGUCCAGCGGAGAGGACUUGGUGUUCGAGGUCGGGAUGGUCACCGCCAAGUACCCCUCGAAGAACUUCGACGAAAGCCCCGGUUGCGAGGGCAAGCACUCGGCUUCGUGAGAGGACAUCUAUUCGUCGCUUAUUGGACUAGUUUAUGUUAUAAUCUCCGCUUUAGGGUUGAAAGCACUUACGGAAUCAAAGUAAAACGGUAGCUGCUUGUAUCUGAAUUAAGUGUAAUAUGCCACCUUGUAUCUUCACUCAUGUCACUUUUUAUUGGUAAUGAAUUAGUCGGUUUCCCCUUUCUCUUUAA